AUGCUUCGAAUUUCCACUCGCUUUUGCGCUUGUUUUGAUCGUUCACCGGGCAAGUUCGUUCUUCUCGCUGUCGUUACCAUUGCUCUUUGCUAUGCCUUCGGAAACGUCGCCCGCGAUGCUGUCAUAGAUGGCGUUUAUGCACAGUUACGUAUCAACGAGUCUCUCAGGGACAUCUUGAGGACAUCGAAAUAUUACCAAAGAAAUCCGAUCAAGCCGCCAUAUAAAGACAAGUUCUGGGAAUCUGGUCAGCGGUCUCGAAACUUGACUCGAUGGAUCACUGACCUUGAUGGACCAUUGGGAUCCGAGCUACGCGAAAAGGAGAAGGAGAUGCUGCUUGCAGCUAUUGAGACAACGGCCAGCUCCCUCUUUCCAUUUCUCAACCCGGCACCUGGAGAAAAGGGCUCCGAAACACCCCUGAGCGACUUGCGGCGCUCUUUCACCAAAGGCUCCAGGGGCAUCGUGAUCCCAGCAGGAGGAAGCGAAUCACAAAUCAGAUUUACGGGACAUUUGAUUUCGACUCUCAGAGAUGUUCUUGGCUGCUCAUUGCCGAUCCAGCUGGCCUAUGCUGGAGAUGGAGACUUGCCCGAAUACCGCCGCGACGCCCUAUUGUCCCUCGACAAGACGAAUAACACAGAACUCCUAAAUGUAUGGACGGUGCUUGACGAUACUAUAUUGCGUCUGCGGAGAAAGGGGUGGGCCAUCAAGGCGUUUGCUGCUCUAGCAUCGAAGUUCGAACAUGUCAUUCUUGUCGACGCCGAUGCCGUUUUCCUCCAAUCCCCAGAAGUGCUCUUUCAGCAGCGGGCCUACGUCGAUAACGGAGCAUACCUCUUUCACGAUAGAUUACUAUGGCAGCAUUCUUUUCAAGACAGACACGAGUGGUGGAAAGACCAAAUCAAGGAGCCAUCGCCGGCGAUGAACAAGUCUCUCGUGUGGACCGAAGACUACGCCGAGGAGUGCGACUCAGGGGUUGUGGUUCUUGACAAGUCUCGAACCGAAGUCUUGGUUGGCCUGCUCCAUAUCUCAUGGCAGAAUACAAACGACGUGCGGGACGAAGUGUCAUACCAGAUCACGUAUGGGGAUAAGGAGACAUGGUGGCUCGGACUGGAGCUUGCGGGAUCAAGAUAUGAAUUUGAGAAGCACUACGGUUCGAUUGUCGGGUGGGAAAAGGAGGAUGAUGCCGAUGCGAAGGCCGUCUGCAGUUUUGUCAUUGCGCACCCGGACGAAGAGGACAAGUUGCUGUGGUACAACGGCAGUCUGCUGAAGAACAAGCUGGCUGAUCCAGACGGGUACGAGGUUCCGCUGUACUGGAUGAUGGAUGGAGAGUGGGAAAAGGGAGGGAAGAAGGACAUGAGCUGCAUGGUGAAGGGGGAGAGGCGCUGGUUGAGCGGAGACGAGAUCUCGACAUUGCAGAUGAGCAUUGAUGCGGCCAUUCGGGCGGAUGAAGCUCUGGCCAGGGCUGAAGCCGAGUUCCAGGCCAAAGCCAAAGCCGAUGAUGUUGUUGAUGAAGAUGCAUGA